GGUGUCGAGAUUUUUGAAAAUUUGAAUCGUGAAAUCAAUCGUUGCGAGUUGGUUCCUCAUCCUACUGUGGAACUCUGCGUGGUCCAUAGACUCUGGAAUAUGAUUUAAGUUUUACCAUACGAUUCUUUUGAAAAUCUCUUGAGUUUACAUUCUUCCUGAUAAUUUUCGAGCUAUUGUAUACACUAUACAGUAUAUCGCUCAUUUUGAAUCGUGUGGAAUCGUGCAGGAACCAUAACAAUCUCCGUGACAAGAUGGACGUGGAAGCGCCGAAAUCCGAAUUUCCCGACUUCAUCGAGCUGAAGGAGGAGCGGCGCUCAUCGCCCGCGCCGACCCGUGAACGCAGUGGCUCCCCCGCCGGCGAGCGGCGACGUCGCGAUCGCUCCCGCGACCGUGACCGCGGGAAUCGCGACGGAGACCGUGGUGAUCGCGACCGGGACAGGGAUCGCGAGCGACGCCGUGAUGACAAGCGCGAAGAGAAACGCGAUCGUCGCAGCCGCUCACGCAGCAAAGACCGCCGCGACAAGGAAAAGGACCGGGAUCGGCGUGAUCGCGGUCGGGAACGGGAACGCGGCGGGGGUAAUGAGCGAGCGGGAAACGAACGGGGCGGAAAUGAGCGCAGCGAACGCCCACCGUCUCCGUAUCGCAAGAUGGACAAGAGCAAAUACCAGUACUGGGAUGUGGCGCCCAUCGGUUUCGAGCACAUCCCACCGGCGCAGUACAAACAGAUGCAGCAAGCGGGUCAGAUCCCCGCCAUCCACUACCAGAAUCCGCAGGCGGCGGUGCCGGUGCUGGGCAGCACCGUCACACGCCAGGCGCGUCGCCUGUACGUGGGUAACUAUCCGUUCGGGGUGUCGGAAGAGCAGCUGGCCGAUUUCUUCAACCAGCAGAUGCAUUUGAACGGUCUGGCGCAGGCCCCGGGCAAUCCCGUGCUGUCCUGCCAGAUCAACGUGGAGAAGAACUUUGCGUUUGUCGAGUUCCGAUCCAUUGAUGAGACGACACAGGCCAUGGCCUUUGAUGGGAUUAACUUCCAGGGACAAGCGUUGAAGGUCCGUCGUCCGCGUGAUUAUCAGGCUAUGCCGGGCACAGCCGAUUAUCCAGCCCAUAAUCUGCUGGGUGUAGUGUCCAGUGUGGUGUCCGACUCCCCGCACAAGAUCUUUAUUGGUGGUCUGCCUAGCUAUCUCAAUGAUUCGCAAGUGAAAGAGUUGCUGCAGGCUUUCGGGCCAUUGCGCGCUUUCAACUUGGUGAAGGACUCCACUACCAGCGUGUCAAAGGGAUUCGCGUUCUGCGAAUACGCCGAUACCAAUAUAACCGAUACGGCUGUGGCUGGUCUGAACGGGAUGCAGUUGGGAGAUCGGACGCUGGUGGUGCAGCGUGCCAGUUUGGGAGCGAAACAUUCCGCCGUCAAUCCCGCCCAGCAGGUACAAGUGCAAGUUCCUGGUCUGGAUCUUAGCCAGGGUGGUAUCACGGCGACGGAAGUGCUGGUACUGAUCAACAUGAUCACGCCGGAGGAGCUGAUGGAUGAGGAAGAGUACGAGAAUAUCCUGGAGGAUGUGACGGAGGAAUGCCGCAAAUACGGCAACGUGGUCAGCGUGGAGAUUCCGCGGCCCAUCGAGGGCGUGGAUGUGCCCGGUUGCGGCAAGGUCUUCGUGGAGUUCAAGUCGGUGUCGGACUGUAUUAAAGCGCAGCAGAAUCUGACGGGCCGCAAGUUCGCCAGCCGGGUGGUGGUCACCUCGUACUACGACCUGGACAAGUAUCACCGUCGGGAAUUUUGAGAAGCCUGUAAUAUUCUGGGUAAAUUAUUCAGUGUGUCGGCACUGUUUUGUUUUUAUUUGUUAUUGGAUUUUGCAGCAUAAUAUGUGUGGGGUACAGUAGUGCAGUUCGCGAGAUAGAUCACGUAUAAGCAUGGUCAUAAAUUAUCCCCUUUCCUCAAUUGUUGAAUUACGCGCCUUCCUCUUUAUGAUUUUGCAUGCAUGAAAUAGUGAAUCAGCUUCCUUGUUUUACCGUACAUCGUGUAACCAUGCUUAAACCUCCUCUUAUUAUACUUCUAUGUUUGUUACCAGAGAAAUCUGGAAUCAUAACAAGCACCAACCCG